UUGUGACAUUCAAAACGUUCUUCAAUUGUUGAUACAAUUUAAACAUGGUUAAUAAUUUGAUGAAAAUUAUUUUUGGUCAUUAUGUGUUCAAAAGAAUUUGCUCGUUUGUACAGUUCUCGGUAAAGUAACUUAAAGAAAAAGAAAAAUAAUUCGAUGAUUUCUAGCGUGUGGAUGAUACAUUAAUUUAUUCUGUAAGAAGAAUUUUGAAACCAUCUACAACUAGACAGAACCUAAAAAGAAAAAUUUACAAAUUAUUUAAAUAACUAAACUGUUUUUACCGCUUGUCGCCGGAACGUAAUAUUCGCUAUUAUGAUAUGCAGAAUAUUAAUUCAAAGAAUAGCUUGAUCAAAAAUACUGAUGCGACAGUUUUCUGUACGAAUGCACAAUGUCAAAUUAUCAACGAGGAACUAGUGAACUUACGUCAACAGGUGUCGGAUCUGAAAGAAACGGUUGUUUCUCUGGAGAAUACUAUACAAAUAAAGGACAUGCAACUACAGAAUGUGCAACGAAGUAACGAACGUUUAUCUACAGAACUGAAGAAACAACAAAGAUGCGUGAGGAACAUCAAACGUAAGCUUUCGAAAUUCCCUCUUAACCUUAUUGCAAUCCUUAAAUGUAUUGAAUUAAUUCCAGAGCAGUUGGACGAUGAAAAGUUCUUCUAUCAAAGGGAAAAGGAUUAUUUCAACAGUGAAAUGCAACGGCAGAAAGCACGAUGCGUGAGCGGUACCUCGAAAUUGCAACAACAACGAAGAGAAUUAGAAGAGACGCGAGAUUCUUUGGAAGAGGAAAAUAAGUCACUCAGAGAGGAACUUAAUGAGAAAACUGAAACUACAUAUAAUUUGUGUAUCAAAUUUUUACGUAUGAAAUACGCCAAAGAUUCGUUGAGGCAAAAAUUUGAUCAGCUGUUGAAUGAACACCUGCAAGUAAUGGCAGACAUGAUGAAGAAGUUAGAUGAGGCUCGUGGAGAGUUGAAUAUUAUCGUCUCAGAGAAAUUUCAAGAGCCUCUACCGCUUAGUAAAGCAAAAUUUUUGCAGGUGGUACAAAGAAACGCUCGAUUGGUUCAUGAAAAUGCGGUACUUAAGGUACAGAUACAGCAGUUAAUUUUAAAUAUAGAAAAAUUAAAGAGCUACACACAGAAGCCGAAGUCAAUAAACAUUGAUGCAAAGAUUAUUACUAAAUUGGCCACGCAAAGUAGAAGAAAAUACUGUCAGGGAUCUACCAAAUGGCUGCCAAUUCAAUUGUACGAAAACGAGACUGAAAGAACUGCAUUACUUGACAAGUUCUCGAAUCAUGAAAGUUCUGUCCAUUAUUCCGGAGAUGCGAAAUUAAUAUCGAAAAUUCGAUCAAAUAAUUUAAAAAAAUACAUGGACACUAAUGUGCAAGAUAUUCAAACCAAAGAAACACGGAAAUUACAAAGAGAACGUGCAUUUAGCGCACCGGAAAUACUACAUACAGAAGUCCAACCAAGCUCCCCUACGAUUGAUCAAACAGAGUCGUCUAUAGACUUACGAGAUGCCUCCACGAACACAUAGUAGGAAAAGUUAAAAAUUUAAACUAUUUCUGUAUAAAUGUAAAUUGUUACGAAUCCUUAAGCGUUUUAUAUUUCUUAUUUUAUUAAAAUAUGUAUGUAUAUCAAUCAUAGAGCGCAUAAUGUAUUGUAUCGGUUGUAGCUUGUAUCGAAGUAAAGUAAAAUGUUUCCCAGA